UCCAAUCGGGUCGUAAAAAUGAUCCGAUCGAUACAGACUGCAGAGUUGCGAGGGAAAUUGAAUUCUUUGAAAUCCCAAAGCCCCCAGACUCCCACUCCAUAUCUUCAAUCCCGCAUUCCCGCCCUUCAGUUUUCACAACCUCCCCCCCCCCCCCACCCGGCAAAGCUGGAACUUCCGACUUCGUAUGCUCUCCAGGUCUCUAGGUUUUCAAGACAUACUAGGGCGCUGUGGUUUUCGAUCGAUACGGAGGACGGAGCGAGGUGGGGAGUUGAAGCGGCGAAGCUGUUUAUUUACUUAUUGAGGAAUAUAGGAAAACGAUGGUUGCUGCUGCCGGACGGAUACAUCCAUUGGGUUCUCUCGGUUUCGGCGCCGGGGUUGGCGGCGGUACAAAGAUCACCACCACCACCUUGAAAAGGAAAACUCCAUCCGAGCUACGGGGAGAGCAGCUGAAGCGAAAGAAUAUUAAGGAACUUGUAGAUGAAUCUCCAGAUUCAGUUAUUGACCAUGCAAGGAAUAAUGAUUGGGUCAUUCCUGGAUCCAAGAAUGCUGAUUUACAAAAAAAUCCAAGAUAUAUUAAUACUCGGAUGAAUGAACUAUAUCCUGUAAGAAAGAACAGCAUUAAACUGAGGUUGCUCUCCAAAAAAGAUGAUUCCAAGGAUUGUAUUCCUACCAAGAACAGUGGCAGCCAUGAAAGUCCUGUUUCAACACAAUUUGCUGCUCAGAGCCAAUUGCAAAUUCCACGAGAACAAGCAGCCCAAACAUUCAGCACGGCUGACAAGUGUAGUGGAAGUACUUUUCGUAGUGUCGCAGAGCUGUCAUUGGGUAAUGAAAAGUUAUCUGGCUUGCCUACUGUGGACAUAGAUGAAGCUUUAAAGGGAUUGGUUGCCCAUGAACCGAUUGUUGCAUCAAACUCAUGUUCUGAGCCUUCCAAGAACAUAGAUGAUCAUGGAGCAAAAAACUUCUGCUCAGAGUUUCAUGUUCCAUGCAAGAAGACCCCUCUAGAUUUGACAUUGAAAACUACUAUGCGAAUUGUGUCUUCAACUUCUGUCAGUUGGUUUCAUAGGUUGGUUAGUUGCGGAUCAAUCAACAGUUUGUCACAGUAUGCACCAUCUGUUUGUUCAAGUCAGAAUAUGACCCCAUCAGAACUGGACUCCACUAAUCAAGUUCUUAACCCAUUGGUUUUACAUUCAUGGGUGUACCCUCAGUCUCCUCUGCCUCCUUCAGUUAUAUCAGCAUUAACUUUAGUUGCGUCACUGGAAGGGCAAAUGGACUUCCUGAGCAAAAGGCAGCAAGCAUGGGAAGACUCAUUCAGAAGUCUUUAUUAUAUGCUUCGCAAGAACAAGUGUAACAUUUUCUAUGUGUGCACUGCUCAGUUUGUGGUCAUGUUUACUGGUUCUGGUAGUUUGAAGGAAAACAAACGUGUCUGCAAUGCUUUUAUAUCUCAGUCAACAAGGGGUUUGAGGUCACUGCUCAAAGAACAUGAUGUUUGUUUUUCUAUGCCUCUUUGUGAUUCUAAGGUGGAGGAAGUUAGUAUGGAAGAUUUAUUUGAGCUUUCUGAGAUUGAGAAGCAAAAUCUGGGCAAGACUACUCGCCCAGAUACUUUAGCUUACGUGGAUAACAGCCCUCAGUCUCUAUUGGCAUUUAUGGGAAAUGAGAAUGUUCAUGGGUUGUACGAUUUUCUGUUAAACUACAGAUAUUUCUUAACUUCUUUGACUGGAAUGGAUGUCCCCAUGCUGUAUUCACCUUUGCCUUUUGAAAAUGCUGCUCUUUCAGCCCCUGAGGUAAGAUGUAAGGAAGUCAGGAGGAUUGAUCACAUGCCAUUGCCAUCAAAGGAGUCUAGUGGAUCUGGAGAGUCUAAUCUGGGGUAUUCUCCUCGUAUCUGUUACAGCAUUGAAAUUAAGGAUCGUUAUCUCCCACCAUGGAUAAUUAGCAACACUUGCUAUGCUGUUUGUUCUCAUGGAACAAGUUUUGAGGCAAGUUUUGUAACGGAGCCAACAUCGAAUGGGUUGAAUAUUGGUUCGAAUGUAGGUGGUGAAAGUUCUGAUCUACAAGCAUCUGCAAAUGAGGGGUUGGAAAAGGGUAUCCUUUGUUUUGGUGUUCCAAAUACAACACAUUCAUCUCACUUGCAAUCUGCCUUUUUGAAGGGAUUGAAGUACGAUGGUAAUUCUUACACAGCUUUUCUUUCACCGCUUUAAUCCUGCUGCAAUUCAAGGCAUUUAUUGUUGCUGGCUUCAUCUAAAAUACUCGUUAUGAACUAGCUUUGUAAUGCCUAUGGUCAGGUGCCCAUUUUGUGGAACGUUAAACUCACAUUUCUGUACAGGUGUUUAAUUUGUGACAUUGUGAGAAUUAGUAUGUAUUCUUGAAACAAUUCAAGAAAAGAAGAACCUGUUUUGGUACUGGAAGUAGUGGACACGUUUGAUCUAUUUUUCUA